AUGGAUAACAAAGUUAUUUGUAAUAGUUUUGAAUGUUCAGAUCAUAAAAAAAUAUUAGAAGCUUUGUGUUAUGAGUGCAAUAAGUUAUUGUGUUCAAGAUGUUCAAUCAAUCAUAACAAAGAAAGAGAACAUUCUAAUUUCAUUGAUCAUAUCGAUGAUAUUAGAUUUGAACUUACACAAAUAUUAAAUAAUAUUAAUAAUAAUGAUAAUAAUGAUACAAAAACGACCAACCGUUCUAAUUAUAUAUCAAAGAGAUUAGAUGAUAUUUGGAACAUGAUGAAGUGUAAAACAGAAAACUACAAUUCAUUAUCAUUAGAUGAGAAACAGAUCAGCAAACACUUUGAAGAGUUGUAUAAAUAUCUUAUGAUUGAAGAACAAAAGUUAAAGAAACCAAUCAUCGAUCAUAAAGAGUUAAUAAUCAAUCAAAUAGAUCAUAAUAUUAAAGAAUUAAAACAUUUAAUCAACACUAUCAUAUUAUAUAAUCAUUUAGAAACUAAUAGUAAUAAUAAUGAUAGUGAAACAUCUAAAACAUCAUCUUUUCUUGAUGAUACAACAGAGAGUUAUUCAAUUCCAUUCAUCAUGAAAUCAAUCAAUUCAAGUGAAUCACUUUCAUCAUUCAUCAAAUCAAAUAAUGAAACGUUAUUCUGCAACACCACCUCUACAAAUGAACAUCUUCUCGAUAUUCUAUCAAAUUAUAAUAAUAACAGUGAUUCAAUGAUAUUAGAUUUAAUCUAUAAAUAUAAUAAUCAAUUUAAAUCAUCUUCAUUCAACAAUAAUAAUAACAAUAAUGAUAAUGAUAACAAAACCAACAAUCGUAAAUUAGAACUCAAACAGUUUGAUUUCACUCAACUUGGUCAUCUAUUGAAACAAUCAAUCAAACUCAGUUCAAAUUCAACAAGUUUAAAUAAUAAUCAAAACAAACACAGUUACAUCUUAUCAACACAUCGCGAUGGAGCAUCAUUGAUAGAUUUAUCCAACUCCAACAUCACUGAUCUUGGAAAAAUAAAAGACUUCAACCCAUUGUACGGCCAAUCAAUACAAGUUGGAGAAUUGUAUUGUUCAGCAAAUGUAGCAAGUGCAUAUCAAAUCGUUUUGUGUCAUUAUAACGGAUCUCUAUAUAGCAUAUCAGAGUAUGCAUUUGAUAUGACGAUCUUCAACAUCAAAAACAAAACAAUUACAAAGUGGAAAUCGGAUCAAGAAGAAUAUGAUACAAUAGAUAAUAAUAGAGUUUUUGAGUUUUUAGAAGAGACCUAG